UAUAUAUAUAUAUAACACUAAACUCUAAUGUGUUGUUAAGGCAGUUUAGAGAAUCAUUUCACAACGACCAGUCUAGGGUUUACUAUUGAGAAAUUAAAUAAGAACAAAUCAGAAAUACCCAUUCUCAAGUAAGAAGCUAUGCUAUAAAUAUGUAAUUUAGGGUUAGGGCUAUGGCCAAUACAUGAGACUAAAAGGUUCUCCUUCUCUUAGUAUAUACGAUUUGGGAAUCGAUCGACGAAAAUGAGGAAGCGACAAGUGGUACUGAGAAGGGAGGAGCCACCAAGAAGCAGCAGCACCAAUUCAUCGUUGACAAGUAGAAGUGUGAGAUAUGCAGAGUGCCAAAAGAACCAUGCCGCUGGGGUCGGAGGUUAUGCUGUUGAUGGGUGCCGGGAAUUCAUGGCCAGCGGUGAAGAAGGAACAACUGCAGCCCUUACUUGUGCUGCUUGCGGCUGCCAUAGGAAUUUCCAUAGAAGGGAAGUUGAAACUGAGGUAGCUUGUGACUGUUCAUCACCUCCUCCUUUCAAUGGAGCAUAAUAUAUAUGUAGCUUUAUUAAAUAAAAUCACUUCUCAUGUUUGUAUAAAUGGAAGGCUUUAAUCAUGUAAUCUACCUAUAUAUUUGCAUUCUGCUUAUAUAUAUAUAUGUUUCUUGAAAGAA